GGAUCGUGACAUGUGCGCAUGCUCACUGUGAACGUUCUCUCUUGAAAUCGAACGCAUUCGGCCUAGAUACCAGUCAAGAUACCGAUAGAAGUACUGUACUGUAGUGUUCGGCCUCUCAGUGUUCGGUUCUAAUAUUUCGUCAAUUUCGAAUUCCGAUGCCUCUCACCAAGUUGUGCCCGCAGUGUGCGGCAGGUAGGAACCACAGAGGGUCGGUGUGUACAGCAUGCGGUUAUGUGUUCGUGAAGAAGGGAAAAGUCCGUAAGAAAAUUUUAAUGCGAGCCGUUCGAGCAAACGAGAGUGAAGAAGAGCGCGAGGCGCGCAGAGCUAAGAACCGAAUUGCGAUGGCGAACGCGAGAGCACGCGAGACUGAGAAAGAGAGAGAGGCACGAAGAGCCAGGAACCGGAGAGUCAUGAAAGCCCGACGGAAACGACAAAAAACCUCGUCGUCUGCAGAAGCUUCUACUGCAUCGAUGACGCCAUCGUCUCCUCCUAAGGAAGUGACGUCAAACGUGCCGGUUAAUGGUAAUGAGGCAAAGUAUUGUUUUUGCGAGCGAGGGCCUUUUGGUGAGAUGGUCGGAUGCGACAACUUGGAGUGUCUGGUCGAGUGGUUUCACUUCGAAUGCGUUGGAUUGACCGAACAACCCAAAGGUGAAUGGUAUUGUCCGCAAUGCAGUCAACAUAACAACGAUAGGAAGAAGUGAUUAUAUAAUUAUUAUUAGCUCAGGGAUAUGUCAUGUAUGCCUAACACCGUCGAGUAGUUGAGUGUAGUUUAGUGUUUUUGUUUUGGGUCGCUAAGGGGGUGAGACAAGGUGUUGAGUCUAAACAACCACUCAAACUCAAAGAGAUGACAUGUUAUGGAAACGUUAAGAAAACGUGGUGUUCGUUGUGAUUCACAUGAUAAGAGUUAUUGUUUAUCAAUAAAAUAAUUACUUACAA